GAAUGGCUCAUCUCAAUCUGUCCCAUGUACCUUGUUACAGAGGUAAACUGUUUCAUUGUUGGAAUGGCUCAUGUCAAGUGUGCUUCAUGAAGGUGGAAAGUUGUAUACUGACAUGGAUUGUUUUGGUACUGUUUGCUGGUGGUGCGAAUCUGUUUGUUGAUUUUGGCAAGCACAGCCGAUCACCACCAGGGAGGAUGUUACGUAGCCAUUCUCCUGCUGAGAAGAGGUCACGGAGUCGUUCUCCUGUUGGUCGAAGGUCUAGAAGUCGGACACCUGUUGGGCGAAGGUCACGCAGUAAAUCACCUUUUCGUACUGGGGUACGGUGGGGUGGGGGAUCACCAGUUCAUCGUGGAGGGACUCGUUGGGGGGAUGCAGGGAGGGGUGGCAGGCGUGCAUGGAGUGGAUCCAAGGAGCAUGUAUGCUUCAACUUCCAGAAAGGUAGAUGCAAUCGAGGCAUUUCUUGUCGGUUCUUGCACAUGGAUGCCUCAACUGUAGGUUUGGAUAGGAGGGGUGCUUUUGAGCGGGAUGUGGGGUAUGGCAGCAAAUUAAGGGGGUCUGAUCGGGAUCGAGACAGGGAGAAAGAAAGAGAACGGGAAAGAGAAAGGGGAUGGGUUGAAGGGUUGGGGAGUGAAUCCAGGGAGGGGCAUGACAGAGGGAGAAAGGAAACAAGUGAUUGCCAGAGAGAGUGGAAUGGAAAUGGCCUGGAGUCACGGACAGUAAUCCAGUGGCGAGACAAAGUUUCUCUAGUGGCUCCAUCGCAUCGAAGAUGGGUAGAUAGAGAGGAAACUAUGGCAGGCAAAAGUGAGAGGGAAAAGGAUUUGCUGGAUCCUCAGAGAAAGCAGGGGGAGUGUCUGGGAGAAAGGGCGACUACUCCUAAGCAGGUGUGGGAAGAGACAGGAGUUGAAGGGCGUGAAGCAGGAUGGGAGGUGGGAAGAGCUGCCACACUGAAAGAAGAUUGGGAAAGCAAGAGAGUUAUGAUGCCAAACGAGUGGGACUCUGACCGCAGUCCUGCAACUGCUGAAUCAAACGAACGGUGGGGGGAUGGAUGCGUACAAGGGAGAGUGGGUGAGCCUGUACAGAAAGAGCAAUGGGUUGAAGAGAGAGUAGAUGCUGGGAAAGAGGAGCCUAAUGUGGAAAAUAUGCAUGGUUGGGCAAGUUCUCCCUUGCCUUCACUGGUCUCAGAGGCCUGCAUUGAGGCACAAAAUAACAAAAUGGUAUACAGCCAUGGGAUGCCACAAAAUCAGUCAGGGCAAACAGAAGAACUGCAGGGAAGUUCUGACAAGGGUGGACUAAUGAGGUCUUCUUUGGUCAUGGCGUUGAAUUUACCUCUUGAUGGAUCUGCAAGACAUCUGCCUGGUUCUUCAGGAACUGGUGAUAUUGAUGUCUUAGAUCGAGCGGCCGUUCCUCUUGGUAAUGAGCUACACCCACCAGUCCCGACAAAUGCAUACAUGCAACUGCCGCCUGUAAAUGAUCUUCCAGCACGCAUUGGAGAUUACAACUCUCCUGCAGCUGUGAAGUAUGGGACACAUGCUCCUUCAGUUCCUCUGAUGAUACCUCAAGGUGGGCCACAAUCACUCCCCAUUGUAAUUAUUCCCCCAUUGGCUCCUCUUCCAUUGUCCGUAAACCAGAUGCAGCCUCAGCAGCAGGUGCAGCACCAGCCAUUGCACCAGCUCCAGCAGCACCCAUUGCAACAGGUCCAGCUUCAUCUGCAGCAACAGGCGCAACAGCAUUCACAUCAACAGGGCUAUCAGCAGACACAUCACGAGGUCCAGCAGCAGCCACAUCAGAGGGAAAUGCAGCUGCAGCAUCAAACACACCAUCAGGUCCCUUUGCACACAGCUGAGCAGUUGUCAGUGCUAAUCCCGCCUCAGCAGGUGGGACCUUCACUACCUCCACCUCCUCACUCGAGGAUGCAGGUCAUCCCUUCUAUUGGAAUGUCACCCUUAUCAUCAUUGCCUCCACCCUGUCCGCCGCCAAUGGUGCCAACACAGUUUCCAGCAUGUGGAGGUAGUGCCACAUGGCCGAGGCCUCUUCCUCCACAACUGCAGGAAGAGAUGCCUCCACCACCGCCACCUAUGUACAUUGCUCAGAAGCCAGUCGAAGAGCUAUACGAUCCGUUGGCAGAUGGGAUGGACGAUGGAUCUAAUACAGGAGCGAUUGCUGAAGAGGCGCUUCUAAAAGACGUUGUGCCUCUGAGCCACGAUGUCUUGGGUCCUGUUGCGGCUCAUGAAUGGAAAUCAACAACUGAGCCUCCUCAGGUAGAGGCUUCUGAAGUACAAAUGGAGGAGUCGACAGCAAUGGCUGCAAGAGCUAUUGCAGCAGGAGGUACAUCAUCACCAGCAGGAGCACCUACAGUGAGAUUUAUUGCAGCAGAUACGUUAGCAGUGAAUCAGCCAGGGUGUAACAAUAACCAUCAUGGUGACAAUGAUGAUGACGAUGAUGAUGAUAUGAUGGCUAUGGAGAUCCAUAAAAUGGAAGGAUUGUCACCAGCUACUGGGCUCCAGCCAAAGCCAGAGUCCAGAGCAAUGAUGCUUUUGAGGAAUCGUGUGGCUGAUGUUGUCAAGCAGCUUCUUAAACCAACCUGGAAGGAAGGGCGUAUGAGCAGGGAUGCUUUCAAAAUCAUUGCGAAAAAGGCCGUUGAUAAGGUUGUAGGGGCGAUUGUCCCUACUGCAAUGCCGAAGAAUCAACGUGCAGUGGAUGCAUUCUUUACUGUUUCAAGGAAGGACAAAAUCGGAAAGCUUGUUCAGGUCUUGUAUGUGAUCAGGAUUAUCAUUGGCGCUGCCUCUGGUCUACGUGGCAUGCUGAUGUGGCACUGCCUCUGGUCUACGUGGCAUGCUGAUGUGGCGUURCCUCUGGUAUAUGUGGCGCUGCCGCUGGUUUACGUGACGCUGCUCUUGGUCUGCGUGGCGCUGCUAUUGGUCUUCAUUGAUGAUGUGGCAUAUGCCACCUGUCUUGAUUGCUGACGUGGCAUUGUCCACGCUGUCUGCAUGAGGUGACUGGUUGCGAGGAAGAGGAAGAUCGGGAUCUGUGGUUGUAGAGAAUCGGGUUCUCACCUGUGGCUGAAGUCGUCACUGGAAAUCUGUUGUCUUCAAAGUCUUUAUGAGAUAAAGUGCCACGUGGCAC